CAAUCUGCUCCAGCAAGCUUGAUGCGUGCCUGUCCCGCACCGCCGAUCAGCUCUGGCUGCGAGCUCUCGACCUGACCUGAGGUACCUUGGCUGUCGCGGCGAGAUAGCCAGCCUCGGACGAGGAAAGUACCUAUACUAGCCGGUGAUCCUCCCUGGUCGCCCCCUCGGGAUCCGCCCACAUAUCCUAUCAUUGAGCUGCGCCUCGGCUUCCAGAAGAGCUCUCCUCCUCGCUCCUUGGGCGGAAAAGACAGGCUCAGGGCUCUUGAUUUACCCUGUAGGUACCUGCUCGGUAUCCUGCUACGCGGCUUACGCGCCCGCACAUUGCCGGAAUGGACUCGGCGAUUCUAGCCCAGCUGUUCAAGCAGCUGUUCCGCCACCCCGCAUGCGCCAGGCAGCACAGGCUGGCGGCAGCGGCGCGGCCCUUUGCGACAUCGACUGCGCCGGCUUCCGGGAGCGGGCGCCGGCCGCGGACCGCCCACUCGAGGCACCAUCGCCAUGGCGGGCCCGCCGCGCCAUCCGGGCCGCAGAAAGGAACGAGGGGCUACGCAAGCCACCGCGGGCCCAAGUCGACGGCCCAGACCGAUGCCAACUGGCAGCAGCGCACCGAUAUCUUCACGGCAGACCGUUCUGGCGAGUUCGACAGCUACCCGACCGUCACGGCUGCCGAGCUUCGGGGGCGCAGGGAGCGCCCGCGGCGGGUCAAGAUGCUCACGCGGGACUUCAUCGAGGACAGCCUGUACAACCCCAACUACGGCUACUUCUCCAAGCAAGUCGUGAUCUUCAGUCCCGGGGAGCCCUUCGACUUUACGCGGCUGCGCGAUGAGAACGCCUUCCAUAAGCUGCUGGGACAGCGCUAUACCGACUUUGAGGACGGGCUUGAUGCCGAAAAGCCCUCGGACACGCGCCAGCUGUGGUACACCCCGACCGAGCUCUUCCGCCCCUACUAUGGCGAGGCCAUUGCGCGCUACCUCAUGGCCAACUACAUCCUGUCAUCAUAUCCCUACCAUGACCUCGUCAUAUACGAGAUUGGCGCCGGCCGGGGCACCCUGAUGCUCAACAUACUUGACUUCAUUCGGGAUACGGAACCGUCUGUCUACGACCGCACAAAGUAUCGUAUCAUCGAGAUCUCUUCUAGUCUGGCAGACCUUCAGUCUCGCCAGCUCCUGCGCUCCACCAACUCGCGCGGCCACGCCGACAAGGUCGAAAUCAUCAAUGCGUCCAUUUUCGACUGGAACCAGCCCGAGCCCGACCCCUGCUUCUUCCUCGCUUUCGAAGUGUUUGACAACUUCGCUCACGACUGCAUCCGCUACGACCUUGCCACCGAGCAGCCCAUGCAGGGCACUGUCCUGAUCGAUGGCCUAGGGGACUUUUACGAGUUUUAUGUUCCCCAUCUUGAUCCCCUCGCCGCUAGAUUCUUCCGCGUCCGCCACGCCGCCACUGCAGGUCGUCAUCCCACUCCCUAUCCGACCAAUCGGAUGUUGCGCUCUCUGCGGGCUAACCUGCCCUUCACCGCCAAUCUCAGCUCUCCAGAGUACAUCCCCACUCGGCUGAUGCAGUUUUUUGACGUCCUGGACCGCCACUUUCCCGCCCAUCGCCUGGUUACAAGUGACUUCCACUCCUUGCCUGACACAACCCCUGGCCUGAACGCUCCCAUUGUGCAGACGCGAUACCAGCGCCGACCAGUGCCUGUGUCAACCCCCCUGGUCCAUCAGGGAUACUUCGACAUUAUGUUCCCGACCGAUUUCGGAGUGAUGGAAGCAAUGUACCAAGCAAUUACCGGAAGACUAACUAGAGUGUCUUCCCAUGAGGAUUUUAUGCGCCGCUGGGCCUAUGUUGAGGAGACGCAGACUCGGAGCGGAGAAAACCCACUCCUAAGCUGGUUUAAAAACGCUAGUGUAAUGACGACCUUGUAAAUCUAUAGAGGUUUAUUUGUACCUGUGUAUAUUAGCACCAGGCGACUUGACCACAUACAUGUGGCCGUGAAAAUCGCGCAACAGAGGGAAAUGAUCGGAAUAAAGAGAACAAGAGACCGAGCAUCAACAGCAUAGCGCGACUUUGAGGCGUUGAAGUGGGUGAAUUGGC